UGUGUGUGUGUGUGUGUGUGUGUGUGUGUGUGCCUCGCCCUCAGUCCGACUUACAGAGUAGAGGACGGAAGCAGCUUGACCACAAGAGUAAAACAAAGUAGAGAGUCAGUCUGAUCUUUCUGCUUUGCAUGCUGAGGUUUUUAAGCGUUAAGAUCUGAAACUCAGAUUUUUAACCGACCGUAAACUCAGUUUGACAGGAAGUAACGAGGACUUCGUGUUUUCGUGUCCACAGAGAUGUUUGCAGCUAGAACCAAAGCAAUUGUGAAGUGUCUGGGCGCGGAGAGAGAUCUCAUCUACAACGAAAAUGCCAACCAGAAGAUUGACGUGCUGACUCUGGUCAAAGUCAGAGUCAAAAAGAGAAUCCUCUGGCCAACCGUCGAGUACAUGAUCAGCAAUCAAAAACUGCUCAACCUGCUGCAGGAGCCGGACAUCCCCUUAGACUACAAAGAUGAAGUUCUGAUAGAGGAUUUUGAGAACUUGAAUGACAGCAGUAUUGGAGGCCAUGCAGCAGCAGGAGUUGAUGCACCUAAAGUUGGCAUGAAAGUGUCUGCAGCUGUGGACACUGUGGAUGGAGCGUCCUCCUUCACUCUGAAGAAAAAGACAGUGGACACCGAAAAACUGAGGGAGAGCUGCGCUGACAAGAAGAUAAAGGAGGAGAUGGUGAACAUGCUGAAACUAAAGGAGAUGGAGAAGCUGACUUUUGUUCACCAGACAGUCUACAACCCUGCUCCUGUCACGUUUUAUGGCAAAACUGGAAAGGACGGCCUUGUGUCGGCAGUGUUUGAAAAAUUCGGAUGUUCACUGUGGAGGAAGAAGAAGAAGGAGACAAGCUUCAAAAUUCCUGAAGAUGUCACCUUCGCUUACAGCCUGAUGGAGAUCACCACUGAGGACAAUACUCUGGGAAUUCCACCUCAGUUCAUCACAAUGGAACGUUACAACAAAGGAUGGUGGAAGGUCAGCACAGACGGAGACGACGAGACGCUGCAACAAGUGACGGAAGACAUAUUUGAUAAAGCAGCUCUUCUGCAGCCGCUGGAAGAACUUCAUGAGUCGAGACGUCGUGAUCUGCUGAAAACACUCAGUGAGCUUCUGCACGACAGAGACGCUCUCUCUCUACUGGUGGAAACAUUGGAUCAGAACAGUAAAGGAGUGUUUGAGUGUCAACAGUCUCCAGCUGUCUCUUCAUUCAUGGAUCUUCUUGAUGUUUCUGAAGUCUCCAAUUCUCAGAAGGAUGCUGCUCACCUGCUAGUCAGCGCCAUGGACGCUCUACCAGAUGAUGCUGCAGCUCUUCUGGCUACCUGCAGUCUUGAAACACUGAGAGUCCUCCAGCAGCUGGUGAACAGUCUGAAGGAGAAAGCUCAGGUCAAACUCCCAGAGUCUCUGCCUGCCUCCCUGCAGGAGGAAGGAGAGCUCCGCUGGGCGGCCGAGCUCCUCUGUUUGACCGAUCAGACUCUGACAGAGCUGAGAGAUCAGUGGGACAGACCAGAUUUCUCACCAGAAGUGCUGCUGGAGCUUCUGUGUCUCAUCGUGCAGGGACUCAGCAUGAUGCAGCUUGAAACACACUCAUAAUGUGGUCAGCUCUUUUAUUAUAGAGGUAAUAUUAAAUAAAGGCUUUCACCAUUUUUCCAUUGUGUCUUAACACAACACUCAGGUGCCCAUUUGAACAGUAAAAGAGGUUUUCCAGGCUGUAAUCAUUCCUCCUCUUCAUACUGGCUAUUAAAAGAUCUCUUUCAAAAUCCA